AUGGAGCUGAGGUCUCGACGCCUCAGUGCGCCACGUCCCAAUCCCCCCACCCGCCGCCCUGCGCCACGGCCCAGGCCCGGACGGGAGCCGUCACCCCCAGAAAUGAGGCCAAGUGUCUCGGAGGAGGAAGGUGAGUGCAGAGCAUUCCUGCUGCAGUGGAUGUGCCUCCGCCACGUGCAGGAGCCACCCUGCUCACGGGCUUGGGGUGAUAAUGCCCUUGUCCCCACCGCAGGGUGCAGGCUGUGCCGGCGGGCAGAGCACGACCCCGACAUCUAUGGAGACACGUGCCGUCAGGACCGGCUCUGCAUCCAUGAGAACUGCCUGUACCACGCCAGCGGGCUGUACCAGCGCGGCGCUGACGAUGAGGGAUUCUUUGGAUUCCUCAUCCCGGACAUCGAGGAGGUGCUGCAGCGCGUGGCACAGAAGAGAUGCUGCGUCUGCCAGAACCAGGGCGCCUCGGUCCGCUGCCAUCACGGCAGAUGCUCCCGCACCUUCCACUACCCCUGCGGAAGAGAACGCGGCUGCAUCUCCCAGUUCUUUGGAGAGUACAGGUCCUUCUGCUGGCAGCACCGGCCGACCCAGCACGUGAGGCCACUGCAACAGGACAACCCGCAGUGUGCCAUCUGCUUGGAGGCGGUGGAGGGACGCCCCACCUACACCACCCUGGUCUGUCCCUCCUGCACCGGCGCUCAGUUCCACCGCCACUGCAUCCAGGCCCAAGCUCUGCGCGCUGCCCUGCACCACUUCCGCUGCCCGCUCUGCCAGGACAUGCAGACCUUCCAGGCAGAGAUGUUCCGCCUCGGCAUCAAAAUCCCAGACAGGGAUGCGGCCUGGGAGGUGGAAGAGGGAGCUUUCCAUGACCUGUACCAGCGGCACAGCUCCUGUGACACCGGUCUCUGCCUGUGCCCACUGGGAAGGGACCACUCUGAGAACACCGGGCCCUGGAGGAUGCUGCUCUGCAGCUCCUGCGGUUCCUGCGGCACCCACCAGCACUGCUCUGCCAUCGCAGAGGACGUGGAAUCGUGGGAGUGCAGCGGCUGCAGCGGUGUGGGCACCGGUAAGAAAUGCAGCACGGGGACGUGGUCCCCACAGACACGUGGCCGUACGUCCUCGGGAGAGGACGUUGGAGCCACGAUGGGCACAGACAUGUGCACUGCGCUCAUCUCCCGCACCUUGCAGCCCCUUCAGUGUCAGCCGCGGCGCAGUGAUCCCCGCACAGCACCCAGCUCCUGGCACUUCGGCUCCAGCACAAGAGGCUGCGACACCGCGACGCUCAGCUGCCUGCGCGGCUCACAGCAGCCCCGCAGCCACUGCGCCUUGCCAGCCUCUGAACAACGGCCCUGCUGGCUGAAGCGCCACAGCGGAGUUUGCUGA